AUGUCGCAGCAGCAACACUACGACGUUGCCGUUGUUGGCCUCGGCGCCCUCGGCAGCGCAGCAGCCUUCUACGCAGCCCACAAGGGCGCAAAAGUCAUCGCCUUUGAGCAAUUCGAGCUCGGCCACGUCCGCGGCGCAUCCCAUGACACAUCGCGCAUUGUCCGGACAUCCUAUGAAGCGCCGCAGUAUGUCGCACUCGCCAAAUCGGCAUACAAAGAUUGGGCAGAUGUUGAAAAGGCAUCUGGCCAACAGCUUCUAAGCAUUACUGGCGGCGUGGUCUUCCUGCCCAAAGGCGGGCCGCUGUUGGCUAGAGACUUUGCACAGAGUCUGGAUGCAAACCAAGUGCCGUAUGAGCUGCUGAAUUCUGCACAAGUGGCGCAACGGUGGCCACAGUUCAAGAUUGCUGAUACGGUGGAUGUGGUGUACACACCAGAUACGGGCAUCGCCCAUGCAUCACGAUCCGUGGCCGCCAUGACAGGCCUGGCGCGUAACCGCGGGGCGACUAUUCUCGAGAAGACGACCGUCGAAUACGUCAAACCAAAACGCUACGGUGGCGGAGGUGGUGUCGUUGUUGGCACGACGAAGGGGGCCUUCCACGCGGACAAAGUCAUCCUAGCCACGGACGCAUGGACAAACAAGCUCCUUGCGCCGCUCAACGCAAGCAUUCCGCUUUCUAUUAUGCAGGAGCAGAUUACGUACUUCAAGCCCGCGAACCCAGACACAUUUGAGCCGGCGCAUUUCCCCGUCUGGAUUUGGCAUGCUGAUCCGUGCUUCUAUGGCUUCCCUAGCUACGGCGAGCCAACGAUCAAGGCAGGCCGCGAUCAGGCAAAUAAUUACAUGACGCCAGAGCAGCGCACAUUUGUGCACUCUCCGCAGCUUCUGCAACAACUCACAUCGUUCAUGGACGGGUUUAUCCCGGACAAGGACCGUCAGGCACUUCGUACAGUUACAUGUCAGUAUACAAUUACACCGGAUCGCCAGUUCAUCAUAAGCCCGUUGGUGGAGCACCCAGAUAUUAUUUUGGGUUUGGGUGCUGCUCAUGGAUUCAAGUUUGCACCUGCAAUCGGGCGUAUUCUGGCAGAGCUGGCCAUUGAUGGAAGAACAACGGACGAUAUUUCCAAGUUUGGCAUUCCGCCUGUUAACGCGAAGCUGUAGAUCUUUAACAAGCAAUACAUGAGCA